AUGGCCAAAAUAUUAAGAAAAUAUUUUCAUCAAUCUGACCCAAAUAAUACGUGGAUAAGAAAUCCAUUUUACUGUGAUAUUGAAAAAAUAGAAAAUCUGUCUGAACAGGAAGAAGAUGAAUUAAUUGAUUUAGUAACUAAUGGAAAGAUGAAAAAUAUUUUCGACGAUAAAAAACUAAUUCAUUUUUGGUUAAUUGUUCAAAAUGAUCAAAAGCAACUGGCUGAGAAAGCUUUAAGACAUUUGAUCCCCUUUUGCACAACAUAUAGAUGUGAACAAGCUUUUUCUACCUACUGUUACAUGAAAAACAAAUAUCGUAAUAGGCUUUAUAUUGAUGCUGAUUUAAGAGUUAAAAUAUCAAGCACGCAGUCGGACUUAGACGAAAUUAUGAACAAAAAAGAAAGAUUUCACUUGUCUCAUAAAGUUUGA